UGGCCGCACCACCUUUCUCCUCCCCGACCACGUGCUUUCCCUCUCUCUCUCUCCCCGUCGCUUUCUCUCUCUAGACCGCGACGAAGCAUCGGAAAUCCGCUCGCCGGAAUCGAUGGCGGCGCCGCCGCGCGCGAUGUGAAGGAAGAUUUCCGGCGAGCGAGCGGGAAGAUCCGGGCCGGGCCCCACCCGCGCCCUCGUCGGAUCCCUCUAUUAUGCACGCGUACAAUCGGCUCCCGAGCAGCGGACACUCGACGCCGUCGCCGCCGGGCUCCCCGCUCCGGUCCCCGCGCUACCGCCAUAGCCGGUCCAAGGGCCGGUUCACCCCGGCCGCCGCCCAGCAGCCCGGCCGGACCCUCGCCCAGCGGGUCGCCUGGCUCCUCCUCUCGUGCCUCCUCCGGAGGCAGGGCGUCUUCCUCUUCGCCCCGCUCAUCUACAUCUCCGGCAUGCUCCUCUACAUGGGCACCGUCAAGUUCGACGUCGUCCCCGUCAUCAAGCACCGCCCCGCCCCGGGCUCCGUCUACCGCAGCCCCCAGCUGUACGCCAAGCUCCGCCCCGACAUGGACGCGGACAACUCGUCCGCCGAUGCGAUAUUGACUAUAUGGAAACACUCCUAUAAAGGUGGUGAGUGGAAACCGUGUAUCAACCAGUCUACUGGAGGUUUACCUGAAUCAAAUGGUUACAUAUAUGUUGAGGCAAAUGGUGGUUUAAAUCAGCAGAGGACUUCGAUAUGCAAUGCAGUUGCUGUUGCUGGUUUUCUUAAUGCAACCCUUGUUAUCCCCAAUUUUCAUUUUCAUAGCAUCUGGAGAGAUCCAAGCAAAUUCAAAGAAAUUUAUGAUGAAGAAUCCUUCAUUAAAACCUUGGAAAAUGACGUGCGCAUUGUUGAUGAGAUUCCUGGGUAUAUAAUGGAUCGGUUUGACAACAACAUGACCAAUGUUUACAACUUCAGAGUUAAAGCAUGGUCACCCAUUCGAUAUUACAAAGAUGCAAUUCUCCCAAAGUUACUGGAGGAAAAGGUUAUACGGAUUUCUCCAUUUGCAAAUCGAUUAUCCUUUGAUGCUCCUCCAGCUGUACAGCGGCUUAGAUGCUUGGCAAAUUAUGAAGCUCUAAGGUUUGCAACUCCUAUAUUGAGUUUGGGCGAAAGCUUGGUAGCUAGAAUGAAAGAGCACAGUGCGAAAAAUGGUGGAAAAUACAUAUCGGUUCAUCUUCGCUUUGAGGAGGACAUGGUUGCUUUUUCUUGUUGUGUUUUUGAUGGUGGGGAGCAAGAAAAAAUAGAUAUGAUUGCUGCACGGGAAAAAGGUUGGAGAGGAAAGUUCACAAAACCUGGUCGGGUCAUACGUCCUGGAUCUAUCAGGAUAAACGGAAAAUGUCCCCUCACUCCUUUAGAGGUGGGCUUGAUGCUUAGGGGAAUGGGCUUUGACAAAAGCACAUCUAUUUUUUUAGCAUCUGGAAAGAUAUAUAAUGCUGAGAAGACGAUGGCACCCCUGUUGGAAAUGUUUCCCCAGCUGAAGACUAAAGAGAUGCUUGCAUCUGAGGAGGAACUAGCUCCAUUCAAGAACUAUUCUUCCAGGAUGGCUGCAAUAGACUACACUGUAUGUCUUCAUAGUGAAGUUUUUGUAACAACUCAAGGAGGAAAUUUUCCUCACUUUCUGUUGGGCCACAGACGAUACAUGUAUGGUGGACAUUCCAAGACAAUUAGGCCUGAUAAAAGGAAGUUGGCAUUAAUCUUCGAUAAUCCCAAUCUCGGAUGGAAAAAUUUCAAGCGGCAAAUGCUGAAUAUGCGUUCUCACAGUGAUUCCAAGGGAUUUGAGCUCAAAAGGCCUAAUGAUUCUAUAUAUAGUUUCCCGUGCCCAGAUUGUAUGUGUCACAGAAACAAAACAGAGGAUUCUAGAUCGUCAUCAGCCACGUGAUUUACUUGGGCAAAGUUUUAGUGGUGUUCCCCUGUACCUACAAUUCACAAGCUUACCUCUCUUCUGAUUUCCCUUGGGGUGUUGUAUUCUUUCAUUCUUUCCCUCUGUACAGCGAGAGGGUCAGUUUACACUUGAAUUUGGAAGAUAAGAGUUCUUAUUGGAGGCAACAUCGGCCAUUAUCUUCCUGUGUUUGGCUGAGGGGGAGUUGGAUCUUUCUGCAAAUCAUGCCAAUUGUGACCACAAACAACAUCAUAUAUCUGUUGCUGGAGUUGCUGCUCCGCUCACUCACCAAGCGUUUUUAGUGUUGCCGUCGGAGCUGCUUCAUCUAACACACUGAAAUUAAGUUGACACAUCAAUUGGUUCAGGCCCUGGUUCUGCCAUUUUGUACAUUGUUAGGAGUUUGCUAGUCUCGCAAGAGUGGGAAACUUGAAGAGGUUUUGUAGCUUCUGUGAGGAAUCAGGGUCCUAAUUUCUAUUUCUGUAACACUCAUUUAGAUUUUUUUGUGUCUAGAUAUUACUGCAUUUCGUGAUAGUCUUGUAAGCUGCAUUUGGCAGAUAUUUCAUUCUUGAGCUGUAUGCUCCAAUUCAUUCUAAUGGAGACAGAAAUUUGUUGAGUUUUAA